AUGAGUCAGAGGCGGCAGUAUUUGCCAUUGGACUAUUCGUCGAGCACCUUCCCCAUGCCGGUGCUCCCAGUGCCCGGCAUUGGGCGGAGGCCUCUCCAGUUCUCCCCUUCACUCUUCGCGCGGGAAGCUUUUGCCAACCCCGAGGAUGCCCUGAGACACGGAGGCCUCCAGUACUGCCGGAGUGACCAGGACGUAGAUCGCUGCCUCAGAGCCCACCGGAAUGACAUGGAGACCAUCUACCCCUUCCUGUUCCUGGGCCUCGUUUACUCCUUCCUGGGGCCUGACCCCUUCAUCGCCCGGAUGCACUUUCUCGUCUUCUUCCUGGGCCGCGUGGUGCACACCGUGGCCUAUCUGGGCAAGCUUCGGGCACCCACCCGCUCCCUGGCCUACACCCUGGCCCAGCUCCCCUGUGCCUCCAUGGCCUUCCAGAUCGUCUGGGAAGCUGCCUGCCACCUGUGA